CACAGGUAGGCUACAGAAGAAUGGCUCUUCGCGAGACUCUGACAAACUCACGGCUCUCCGCGAGCGCACGGACUGAGGACGGAGGGCAGUCUCUCUAAGCAGCGCUUCAGUGGAUGUUGUAACUUCGGCAUGUCACUCAAAUGGGAUAUAUGAUUUUGUGCCCCAUUUCGGUUUUUUAAAAACACCCCUCUCGUCUUUUGAUUUUUGCUUUUUGAACAUCUCGCUUACCCACUUCCCUCCCGAUACCGUUCCUCCCCUGUCCAUCGCACCCAGACCUCUCUCAUUCCGCAUCUGCACCCUCUCGCUUCGGGCGGAUCUUCGCUCUGGUCAUCCAGAAACAACUGCUUCAUGGGGCACACUCCUUCCGUCGGAAAAUGUCCCUCUCUUGGCUUCUAAGCGCACCGGCAAAGUUGACAACAUUAAGACCAGGGCUGGCGUUGCGCGUCUGUGAGCAGUGUCGGGGGAACUGAGAUGGGUGUCACGGUGGCGGCGGCCCUACAUGAGCCCCGAAGUCCGCACCAGUGGAGCCGGAUAGUGGGUCACUGGGUAUGGAUUGCAGUCUUGUCCUUUCUCGCCACCUUCCCGGUGCAACAACUUGGCGCUUUCCCGUCCUCUCUCAGCGACUGUCAGACUCCAACUGGAUGGAAUUGCUCGGGGGAUGAUGACCGGGACACAGAUCUCUUCCUUUGUGACACCAACUCUUGCAAGUUUGACGGCGAGUGUCUCAGAAUUGGGGACAUAAUAACAUGUAUAUGCAACUUCAAGUGCAACAAUGAUUAUGUUCCUGUGUGUGGCUCCAACAACGAAAACUAUGAAAACGAGUGUUUUCUGCGGAGAGACGCCUGCAAACAGCAGACCGAGAUCCUGGUGGUCUCUGAAGGAUCCUGCCCAGCCGAUGCUGGUUCAGGAUCAGGAGAUGAAGCAGGAAACGAGGGUUCGGCAGAGAAUGGACAGAAAGAGACGACCACCUGUGACAUUUGCCAGUUUGGGGCUGAGUGUGAUGAGGAUGCUGAAGAUGUCUGGUGCGUCUGUAACAUCGACUGCUCCCACAUCAGUUUUAACCCCGUGUGUGCAUCAGACGGCCGUUCCUAUGACAACCCCUGCCAGGUAAAAGAGGUGUCGUGUCAGCGGCAGGAACGAAUCGAGGUCAAGUUCCUAGGUCACUGUCAGGGCGACAUGAUUACAGGCACCAAAGCAGGAGACGGACAAUAUGCCAGGACAGACUACACAGAGGAGAAGCCUGAGGUUUCAGAGGUGGCAAGAGGGCUGUACAUCCCCUGCCCUGAGCGCUAUAAGAACUAUUGUGUUCACGGAGACUGUGAAUAUCCCAACAUGCUCUCAACACCGUCCUGCAGCUGUCUCUCAGGAUUCAGUGGUCCACAGUGUGACACUAAGGAGUAUAAUGUGCUGUAUGUGGUGCCUGGCUCUGGAAAGCUCCGCUACGUCCUCAUCGCGUCUGUCAUUGGGAUUCUGCAGGUGGCCAUCAUAUGUGUAGUGGUGCUGUGUAUCACCCGGAAGUGCCCACGGACCAACAGAAUCAACCGACAGAAGCAGAACACAAUGCACUACAACUCUGAAAACACCCUGCGCGCCUCCACCCGCCUCAUUUGAGCCCGUGAGCAGAGAAUCAUGGGAAACGUAGUUUGGACAGAGGACAGAAAAUAAGAAACUUGCUCUCCAUCCCCACAGAGACACUGCAUCCUGCUGGAUGAUGGGAUGGAGGGAUGGAGGACCAUGGUGCAGAUAUAUCGGAGGACGAUGGGUUCUACACACGAUGCCUUGCACCUGUGGCACAGGACACAAACAGAGAAUUUUAGGACACCAUGAUAGGACAAGUCCUGUUAUUUGGUUAUGUAUGGGUAAUAUUUCCAAUAGUUAAUUUGUUUGUCUUGAUG